GGUGCUGAGUGAAUUUCUUGAGAGGAAAGAGAAGGAAAUGGGUGGGGGAGGCUUUAGUCAUUCGUAGCUCGAAAGUAAAUUUGAAGACUGACACGCAGAGAAGUAGAAGAAGCAAGGAGAAUCGAAACGAGGAUCAGGCGACAGUAUGAGCAGCAUAGGAACGGGUUAUGAUCUUUCAGUGACUACAUUCUCCCCCGAUGGCCGCGUCUUCCAGAUCGAGUACGCCGCCAAGGCCGUCGACAACAGCGGGACUGUGAUUGGCAUCAAAUGCAAAGAUGGGAUUGUAAUGGGUGUGGAGAAGCUAAUUGCUUCGAAGAUGAUGCUACCUGGUUCCAAUCGAAGAAUUCAUUCUGUUCAUCGCCACUCCGGCAUGGCUGUGGCAGGAUUAGCAGCAGAUGGGAGGCAAAUUGUUGCCCGUGCCAAAUCUGAAGCUACUAAUUAUGAAAGUGUAUAUGGUGAACCAAUUCCUGUCAAGGAGCUUGCUGAUCGUGUAGCUAGUUAUGUUCAUCUGUGUACACUCUAUUGGUGGCUCAGACCUUUUGGAUGCGGAGUUAUUCUUGGUGGCUAUGACAGAGAUGGACCACAACUUUACAUUGUUGAACCCUCAGGCAUUUCAUAUAGGUACUUUGGUGCUGCAAUUGGAAAAGGCAGGCAGGCAGCUAAAACAGAGAUUGAAAAGUUGAGGCUUUCAGACUUGACUUGCCGUCAAGGGGUUGUUGAAGUUGCCAAAAUCAUUUACGGAGUACAUGAUGAGGCAAAGGAUAAGGACUUUGAAUUGGAAAUGAGCUGGGUCUGUGAUGAGUCAAACCGUCAGCAUCAGAAGGUUCCAGAUGAGCUUCUCCAUGAAGCUAAGGCAGCGGCUAAAGCAGCUCUGGAAGAAAUGGAUGCUGAUUAGAGGAGCAUACCUAUUGUUAUUUUUGUCUUGUUUUAGUGGCUGCACUUCAGUUUGUAAUUGGAUCGUUCCAGAACAUCCCACAAAUUAAGCUAUGGAUAGAAUGAUGUUUUUGUUUUCUUAUAAUCCGUUAAUAUUUAUUGCUGCUACUGUAAUUUAGAUAAAUGGUCAGUUUCAUAUCUAUUGACAGGAGCAAACCAUCAGUUACUAA